GUGGACACCGUUGGUAAAGUGUGCGAAUGUGGCUCUCCGUUUGUGUGACAGUGAUGGCGAUGGCUGUGGAGGCCACCCACGCGUGGACGUUCGAUGCGUCGGAGGUGGCGCCUCCCCAGGACAUCGUGGGCGAACAUCAGUCCCUGCAGCGCUCGUGGACCGUCUCCAGCUUCGCAAAGCUGGAGCAGCUGUACCUGGCUGUUCCUGGUCGCGUCUUCGUGGAGCUGGACCCUUCCUUGCUUCCGGUGACGGAGGCCCCGCUGACGGAAUCCCCGGCGACAGAGUCACCUUCAACGGAAAAUCCCGUUACCGAAACGCCGGGAGUUGUCUCCGGUGUGACCCCUGGUGUUGUUCCCGGCGUGGUCCCGGGUGUCGUUCCCGGAUUUGUGCCCGGUGCGGUGCCCACGGGUUCGAUUGCCGAGUCGGGCUCAGGCUGGAGCGAUAGCAGCCUGGCAGGCGAGACGAUCGAGAUUCCUACUAUGAUGCUACGCAAGCACCAUCACCGCCACGACGAUGAAGACGAGGAGUCGUCGCAGGGCGAGGAGACGGUUGUAGCCAUGAUCGUAGUUACAGGCAACUCGACGGAUUUGCUAAACAUGGUUGAGGCCACGCCUCUGCACCCGCGCCGUAACGAUGGACUCAAGCUUCACCUGAAAAACGAGGACGCGUACGGCGAGGGGUACGUGCUGACGCAGAUUUACCUGUUUGAUAAAAACCUGCUGCGACGUGUGACCACGACCUUCUCGGGAGACGUUGUGCUUACCGACAAUGUGGUAACGCUCGACGACGCUGUAGCGGACGUCAAGUUUGCGUGCGUGGGCGACGGCAACUUGUAUCUUGAAUCGAAAUCCAAUGCCACGCUGGGAUCGAUGGAGGUGGAAAUCACGGGUAGCGGUCUGGUGCAGUUGCAGAUUCCCUCUGUGAACCUUGAGGGCAACCUGAACGUGGUAGUCGCCGGUAGUGGCGCAGUGGCGCUAGUCACGGACGCUAUCGCGGUUGGCGCGGUGAAGACGACGCUUUCUGGGUCAGGUGAUAUUUUCAUGGACACGAGCAAUUUGUACGCACACAAGCUCGAGGCUUCAGUGUACGGAUCUGGUGUAGCCAGCUUCGCUACGCCAGGCUCAGUAGAAAAGGAGACGAUGACACUGUCGGGCCCAGGUCAACUGCUUGCUGGCUCGAUCGUAGCACGCAAGUCAAAUGUGGACGUGUGGGGCGAUGGUGAGCUUCUUGUGCAGGUAACUGACAAGCUGACGGUGUCAACAUCGGUGUGGGGCAAGGUAGGCUACGUAAACGAGCCGCCUACCGACGUCAAGAUUAAGGGAUGGUGGUUCUGGCGCGAGGCUAGCUCCAUCGUGUACCCUGCGGUCGCUAACAAAGUGGUGGUUUACGAGGUAGUGACCGUACCAGCCAAGUACCCAGUGUACUACUCAAUUGAGACGGCCGAGUCAGCACUGUCAGACGACCCGGACUAUGCUUUCGUUGCGACUGAACAAGCCAGCGUGGCGCAACUGAUGAACACGUCGCUGUCGAGCGUGCAACACGCAGCCACGGCGUCGACAAUCUCGCACAAUCUAUUCUACGCUUUCGUCGGUGUGAGUGUCGUGGUUGUAAACGUGGUUUCUGCGCGUUCGUGGGCGCAGCGUCAUGCACGUCGCCACUACACGCGUCUUCUGUAGUGUCUUGACGAGAAGUCCACACGAGGAGCAAUAGUUUUGUUGAGCAGCUUUCCAGA